AUGGAACAAAAAGCUUAAACUUCGUUUCAUUUCCCUCCUUAAUCUCAAAAUAGCACUUCCUCGGGGUUUGGAAAUCAGCCAAAUCAAAAUAACUAUUUGAGGAAUGUUUCACCUAGAACUAAUCAGCAAAAUAAACUUAAAAAUGUAUAUUCAAGUGGCAAUCAUACUUAUUAACCACAAAUUUAGGGUAAAACUAAGACCCAUAGUUCAAGCUACCACAAUAAUAAUCAUAAUUAAAAGUCAACUCCUUCAAAUAGCAGUUUACAAAAUAGUAACCUUGGGAGUUCAAGAAUUACUCAUAGACAUACAAGUAAUAGCUAGGUUUAGUAAGAUUUUGAUUUGAGUCCUAGGGCAUUGAAUAAAAACAAAUUAAGCUCAAACAACAAAAGCUAGUUAGACUAAUAAGCCAAUCUUUAGCUGAAAAAUUAAUAAAAUUUGUAAAAGUAGCAGUAAUAGCAUUCAGUAUCAAUCCAAUUGAAUAAUUCUUAACAGUUAGCAUAAUAAAUCCAAUUGUAACAGCAAUAAAAACUAGAAGAGUCCUUUGAUUAAAGCUAAGCCAUUAGAAUGAGAAAUAAACUAGAAACUUUAGUUUCACAAUAUGAAAUCGAAAGAAUGUUUUGUGAUCAGAUUCCUUUGGACGAUAAUAUCAUAAAAUCAACAGUAUGUGAUUUAGAAAACCAAAGAGUAAUUAGAGCUGAUGCUGAUAGAAGUAGAGGAUCAGAAAAUUUGAAUAAAGAUAAUAUUGAAUUGAUGUUGACAUUAUACUGUAAAAGAAAUAGCAUUAGAUACAAGCAAGGAAUGAAUGAGUAAUAAUGUGGAUUCUAGCUUAAUUUCAGCUAUAAUUGCUUCUCAGCUUUUAUCUGGAGAUACUUGACAACAUUUUACUAGGAUGAAGAGUUUUUAACAUUGCAAGCAGCUUUAUAAUUCUUAUAGCUGCUUUUUAAAUAUCAUGAUCCAGAAUUAGUAAACUAUCUUGAGGUGAACUAAGUCACACCAGAAAUUAAAUUUGAAAUCGAUGUUAUUGUUGAAUUUUGGGAUAUGAUCUUAGAAGAAGAUGAUCAAUUCUUUAUCUUCUUUUUCUCAGUUUCUCUUCUAAUACAUAAUAAGAUUGUAAGAACUAUUAGUCUAAUAAAGUAGAUAAUUUUAGACUGUGAGCAAUCCCAUUUACCAUCCGUAAUGUCUAAAAUGACUAUAAAUUCAAUUGAUGAACUGAGAUAAAUCUGGCAAAAAGCACAGCAAUUACAAGAUAGUACUCCUUAUUCAUUUAAGGAGCUACCAGAAAUCAAGCAGAUAUUUUAAUCUGAUAUUAAAUAGAUGGAAAAAGAUGCUGUUGCAUAAUUUCUAGAAAAGAUUGAAAAUAUACCAUGCUUACCAAUUCUUCCAGAGGAGCUUUUCUUCUAUGCAUAUCCUGAUAUACUUCAAUGUUCAAAUCCAAAAUGUUAAAACUCUUUAAAUGGAUUCAAGAUGAAUUAAUCAAUGCUAAGUGGGCUUUAGUCACCUACAAUGAAAGAUCAUGAUUUGAUGUCACCAGUUAGAGAGAUGUCAAUGAAAAAUCCUGUUCAGGAUGAUUCAUAUCAAGUUCAAUAUUAGUAUCAACAAAGGAGAAUGACUGCAGCAGAUAUGACAAAUAAAUAGUAGCUAUAACUCCUAUAAUAAAGAAAAGCUAAUAUUCAUGACAUUAUAAAGAAGGAAAUCAAUCAUAAAUAGUAGCAACAAUUAAAUACUAGAAUGACAUCAAAUCAAACUAGUCCAAUUAAGGGGCAAAUCAGUCAUCUGUAGAUAAAUGAGUAGGAGUAUUAUAAAGGUAUAGAUAUUAGUUCAUCAAGAUCACCAUUUAAAAAUAUGAAUAAGUAAAGCCCAGCUAAAGCAGAUGGAAUGCCCCUCGAAACUGACUCAAAUGUUUAUGAUGAUAACUAAGAACAAUAAGAGUCUCACAUUGACCUAAUAAAUGAAACAACUAGGAUGAAGCAUCUGUCAUAAGCGGAAGAAUAAAGAUAAAUGAUGCUUAGAAGAGCAAAUCAUAAUGUGAAUACAACAGUUAUGACGGUUCAAGAACCAAGAAUAGGAAGUAGUCCAAAGGCUCAUCUUAGUACUUACAUAGGAAAUUAAUAAAAUAAUUAAAGUCUGAUUCUAAGCUCAUAAAACAGUUUUUAAAAUACAGUUAAACUUCCAAAUCUUUAAAGAGCCAGUAUGAAACAUAAUUCAUAUGGUAGAGGUCUAUCAGCAUCAGCAUGCAAAGUUUCUAAAUAAAAUGCACCAUCAUCUAAUGGGGGUGGUUCAAUUAUCGAAUAAAAAAGAAUAUCAGUACUUUAACCAAGCCUCCUUUAAUCUGGUCUGUAAACUCUAAAUGUAUCUAGACUAGAAUACUGUAGAAAAUGUUUAAAAAAAAGAGAAUACGAAGAUAGAUAAUAAUUUAUGGAUAACUAAGAGUCAGAGUUUUCUAUUAGCAUUUAGGAAACUCAGCAAAAUUAAGAGGAAGAAAGCCAUGAAUUUUAUUAUGAAAAAAUAAGGUUUCUAAUUGUAGAUUGCAGAUUAGAAGCUCUUCAAAAAGAAGCUCUACUCCCAAAUAGCUUUUAGCUUUCAAUUUAGACUGAGUUGGGUUUAGAGCCUUUAUAAUCAAAAUAGAAGAAAGUUGAGACUAAUAACGAAAAUUUCUUUGACAUUAAAGCCUAUCAUGAAAGCAUUCUAAGAUUUUUAAUAGAAGAUUUUUAGCUGAAAGGAUUUAAGUAUAUAAGUGUGAUCCCAGGAGGAUUCAAAGAAUGUCAUGAAAUAUCAUAGUAAUAUAACUUUUAAAUCCUAAAUCAUGAGAAAAAUAAAUGUUUUCAUUGUGAUUCAAAAACCGAUAAACUGUAAUAUGAGCAGAAGUAUAAUAUUAAUGGAUUUUCAGACAUUUUCAAUGGGUUUAAACAUUGGUAUGAUGUUGCGAAUACUAAGAUCAAAUCUUUUGUUAAGGGACCAAUAAAAAUGCUAGGCAAUAAUCAGAGUGGAAAUUCUUAAUAAAAUGUGAAUUAAAAGCAAAAUAAUGGGCCUCACAAACAAUCAAAGCACCAGCAUAAAACUACGGAAGAUCAGAGCAAGCUGCCGGGUAUUUCAAACUAAAAUGAUCAGGAGACUAAUUUUCAUGUUACUACUACUUCAAAUAACAUGAUUCUAACUAGCUAGGGAUAAGAUUCAGAAAAGCAGCCUGAAAUAACCUUAGGUUCAUUGCCGAUAUCAUUUGUUUCUUAGUCAUCAAGGCAGGAGCUCUUCAACUAACUUUAAGGUAGUUAAUGUAGUAGUAACGUUUCAGUUAAUUCAUCACAUACAGCUGAUGGGAACAAUCUCAGAGAUGCGAUCAGUAACAAGAAAAUCAUGUCAUACAAACUUAUGUCGAAAGUACCUGGUGAUAGAAGUGAGAUUAUUUAUACACAGGCUAACCUGGAUGACAUCUAACUGCUUCAAAAAGCUGCUAAUCAAAUUUAAAAUACUCAGGUAUAGUAUCUUGUAUCUGAUUAGAAAAGCAAUCAGAUCAACAUCUUAAAUCCUUAAAUCAGUCAGUAAACACAAGAAAUCUAAAUAAUGAUUUCUCCACCUAAUGAAAAAUAGCCUUAGGAUAAAGAAGAGGAGGAGGAAAAGUUACAAUCUGCUAUGAAGGAUAUAAAUGAUCAAAAUAUUAUAAAGAUUGAACUUAUCAGUAGUGGCUAGGCAUAAAUUUAGCCAGCUAAGAACAGCAAUAUCUAAUAAAAAGAUGGGAAUGAAAAUCAAAAUUCCAAUAAGAUGAAUAGACCUCCUUCAAAAGAAAAAAAUUAAGAAUAAUAAAUUUAAAAUUAGCCAAAUGCCUAAAUCUCUUAGCAAUAGCAGCAACAGCAGAUUAAUCCUUAUCUUUUGAAUAAAAUUGAUUACUACACCUUAAAUGGAGUUACUAAAUUUUAUGAAGUUACUAAGCAUGAAUUUGAGAUGAUCAAUACUAAAAAAACAAGCAUUAUUUACUAGUGCAUUAAGCAAUUUUUGAAAAAGAAAUAAGAGCCACCAACAAAGGACGAUAUGUAAUAACAAUACCCAGUUUAGCUGAUUAUCACUCCAUACACUGUUUCAGUCAUUCGUGAAAGUUUUAGAGUAAGAUCUAACAGAAAUAGUGGCUUAGUUAACUAGAGUAUUGAGUCUUCAUUGAGUUAAAUUGAAGAGUGGGAUCAAGCGGAUUUUGAUGAACUUCAUCCUCAACUAUUAGAUCAUUAAGACUCAAAGAGGAAUAAAAUGCUUAAGCAAGGGUAAAAUGUUGGUCCAUUUGCCAUCCUCGAAAGCAGAUUCUUGAUGUAUGAUCUCAUAAAAAUCACCUCGAGAAAAUCUUCCUCUAAGACCAUCACAUUUUAUUUCCGUAUACCUAUGCUAGAAGAAUAUGACAUUGAUUCGCUUGAAAACGGUAUAGUUUAGUAAUUAGACUAGAAACCUACUAUUAGUUAUCAGUUUGCAUUUAAAAGAAAGAACAACUUCAAAGAAGUUUCAAUGAGUUUCUAAUUUGAUAAGGAGGAUGAUGCUAAACAAUGCAUAGCUAAUGUCAGUACUAUAUAUAAGAAAUUAAAGAAUUCAAAGUCAUCAAAAAAAGAUAAAAAGGGUGAUGAGAAAUAGACAUGA